GUCGCAACAUCACACCUCUUGCACCUAGACGGCACCUUGCCCCCUCCACAUACUCGUCUGUGUUCUCUCCUUGAUAUUGCCAUCAACCAUGGCAAGCAACCCAGCCAUGGAACUCGCCUCGGCGAUCCAAUCCGUCUCCAUCAAACGAAACCCAUCACCCACACAUGACCUGAAUCCCUCAACAGCAGCAUCCAAGAAAAUCCCUGCUAUACUCGAGUCACCCUCCUUAUCACCGACUCGGUCUCGCUCUCAAUCACGCUCACGCUCCCACUCCUUAACAUCAGAAACAUCAUCCACAUCCACCAUACCCAGCGAAGUAAUCCGCCCCCGGCCCCGACGGCGAGAUUUCCCUCCCAUUCCCGACUUCCGUUUCGAGCAAUCGUAUCUAGCGAGCAUCAAGAACGCAGAGACAAAAUGGAUGGUUGCCUUUAUCACGAUUCGCGACCAGGUUAUCCUGCCGUUGACGCAGGGUAUACUGUGGAAUCUGGCCAUGUUUGGAUGGAGACAUUGGAAUCGUGGUACUAAAUUCAAGGGUCAGACUAUUGGUGCUAGGGUGCGGAAGUGGUGGUGGGGGGUCAAUAAUUGGAAAUUACCGGAAGAAGCGCAUAAUAUCAGACCCAAGGACGCAAAGGUUUUGAGAAAGGCGGAGGAUUUCUUUGUUGAUAAGUUUGGGACCAGUUUGGGCGAUUGAGGAUGAUAUGAUAUAUUGGGGAGGGUUGUGGGCAUACGCUUCCCAAGGACUCUGCUGGACUAAGAAGAGGCGUUUGCUGUGAGGGGAGCCUGUUCAUGUCGACCAAAGGACUCUGCCACGAGUCUUGCUGAAGAUUUGUCUGCAUCAAUGACUAGAGGGAGCCCUUGACACCACCCGAAUGACAGACUCUGCCACUCUACCACGGGCACAUCAGAUCAAUACGCCACACGAUCCCCGUGGUGGCAUCCUCCAACAUCUCAACACAGCCGCCGUGGUAUCUUCUCAUCAGCUCGUCCGCAAAGGGAGAGUCGACAGUCAAUCGAUCCUGACUGAAUAAAAAUAUACGAGAGAUAUGUAUUUCAGGCAUCUCGACUUGGCUAUAUAUGCCGAGUACUCUACUCCUACAGCUGCCAUGAGACGACUGGGUCAAGAGGAUUGUACAUAUUAGGAGCACACAUCACUCAUCAUACAGGAAAUGAUGCAUUCGAUGGACCAGACCUGGGACAAGCCAAAUGGGGCAUCAUCUAGGGGAUACUUUGCGGCGUAGGUCGUGGUUGGUUCAUGGCAACAUCACCUGCACGCAUGUAGCACAUCUAAAACUACACCGUACACACCAUUUCGCAAAUCAAUUCCAG